AUGGCACAAGUAUGUGCGGUUGGUGGUGCGAGUGCGGGCCAUGAGGGCUCACUACCAUCUUCGGAGCCGCAUCAGUCCCUGGAUGAUUCGCUGUCAGGAUGGCAGAACGAACGGCUGGAAUCCAAAGUGCUGUGGUGUUUUCUGCGCUCGGGCUGGGCGGAUUCUGGUGAGGUGAAAGAUCAUUUUGUUCAACUUAGAAUUUUUCGCUGUGGGCGUUCCAGCAAUGACCAUGCAGUGCUAUUUGACGGAACGUUUGAACCACCUGUGGCUUGCAAAGUGCUACAGCAAGGGCGUAGGCAGAUGAUCAAGCUGCCGCUGGUGGAUCAAAGGCAUUUUCGAUCAAACAAGGAAACCAUUUUCUUGCAGCCUCUCAGUGGCGGCAAGCGAGUCUCUUUCCAAGAUUUGGAAGGGACGCACAAGGAGGCAUCAAACCGCAUAGUCCUGGUCCCGGGUAGCAUGGAUCCGAGGCAACAACCCAAUCCCUCGGAAAUAGACAGCUUGUUUGCUGCAAUUCUUUCCAACAUGGACGCGGGGCAGUGGGACAGUGCCAGGGAUGGUGUUUUACAUUUGCAGAGAUACCUCAAACUCACCAGCGGGAGAGAAAGUAGAGAACGAGGGGGUUGGAAGUAUGCAUCAGACUUUGUCUUGGAUACAGUCUUAUUUGGCGAUGUUGUUCGCAGCCUGCAAUCUGACACCGACGUGAUGUCCAAAGCUCAAACCUAUCAGGGCAAUGAAACUGGUUCUGGACCCGAAGUUGAGCGACCAUCUGACGCAGCAGGAUCCUUGGUCAACUUGACAGCAAUGCAAGCGGCAGAUUCAUCGCCACAGUUUUCCAGAGAUUAUUUGGUGACAGAAGUGGACUAUGUUUCUUUGGAAAAUGUUUACUCGUUGACUCCCGCAAGUGUGUUGCAAUCUCUGAGUUGGAAAACACGGGUGUUGCCCGUGCAAGUUCUGGGGCGGAAAGCAACCAGCACGGCAUUCAAGUUUCGAGCGCUUCUGCGUAGCAUCCAUCUUGAAACCGGAAAUGUUGAUCUGGCGAAAUUUCGAACAUGCAGCUUUCUAAACGACAUGGGGGUGGAAUCGAAAUUGGCAUUGCUACCGGAUAUUGAUUCUGAUCCAAACCGUCGUGCUUUUCCCCGUACUUUGCCUUUGCAUGAUGUGGAUCAUGCACUACACCAUGUGAUGGAAGAAUUGCGGGAAUGUUGGAAAACUGAAAUGUUUGCUUUGUUUGACAAACAAUUGAACACGUUGGCCAAAUAUUUUUCAAAAGCUGACAAUUGCGAGAGAUUCCGAAAGCAUUUUGUUUACGACAACCCGGAAGUAGAAGGGGAUGCCCGCAAAAAAAGCAUUGGCAAAAUGUUUGAAACCUGCUGCCCAAGCUUUGUGAAGCAUCGGUGGCAAUAUCGGUAUGAAGUUUUGACUUGGGUCAUUCACCGGGCCGGUUUUUUGACAUGGCUCGAUCCUACCUCACUCAGUGGCCGUGGCCCAGAGGAUUCUGGAGAUCCUGAGUACA